AUGCCUCGCCAGAUCGAUCUACUUCCAACCCCGACCCAUAUCGAGCCUAAGAAACUAAUAGUGCUAAGCGCACCUAGAACCGGCACCCAUGGCCUCUAUCUCGCUUUGAAGCUUCUAGGCUUUAAGCCGUACCAUAUGGCUGAGGUCAUCAAAGCCGGCCCUCAAGCAUUGCAUAUUUUGAGUGAUGGGCUCAGGGCUGAGAUUCUCCACGAGGGCAAGCCAUAUGGCCGCGCAGAGUUCGAUAAAUGGUUCGCCGACUAUGACGUAAUCAUAGAAAUGCCCUUCUUCAUGAUACGCUCGGUGUUGAAGACCUACCCGGACGCCAAAUUUCUCCUGACGGAACGAAACCCGGACAAGUGGGCGAGGUCAUUCGAAAACACCAUUGGUAUGAUGCAAACAAAAUUCAGCUCUCUUCCGAUGUCUAUAUUCAAGUACUUCGACGGGUUUGCCUAUGGCAUAUCUUCUAUGGGUCGGGUGCUAGUAGGUUACUACACCAACGGAUAUGGCUUGACUCCGGAAGGGCAUAAAUAUCUUACUGAGAAUUACACGAACUAUAUCGCAGAAGUAAAGCGUCUUGUCCCACCAGAGCAGCUAAAGGUGUGCAAGCUCGAGGAUGGGUUCGGAUGGGACGAGAUUUGCCCGUACCUAGGCGUCCCAGUACCCGAUGAAGAGUGGCCGUCACUCAAUACGCCAGAAGAAUUUGGCGAAGUGGCCGCCCCGAAGUUAAAGACGGCGUUCAUGAAGGGUAUGCUCGGUACAACGUCCAUCAUAGCACCUAUCGUCGCUGUGGGUCUUUGGUAUUUGAGAAAAGGAAAACUGUCUCUUUAA